CUGUAGUCCCUGCCUGCAGCUCAGAGACCACGCCAAGGAGACAGCCGCCACCGCUACCGCUGCUGCCGCCGCCACCAAGGAGGAAGAGCAAGGGAAGGAUGUGGGUUUUUGGUUACGGGUCCCUCAUCUGGAAGGUGGACUUCCCCUAUCAGGACAAGGUGGUUGGAUAUAUCUCAGGCUACAGCAGGCGCUUCUGGCAGGGCAGCAUCGACCACCGCGGGGUUCCUGGCAAGCCUGGAAGAGUUGUGACUCUUGUUGAAGAUCCUGCGGGUUGUGUAUGGGGUGUUGCUUACAGACUGCCAGUAGGAAAGGAAGAAGAAGUAAAAGCAUACCUUGACUUCAGAGAGAAAGGAGGCUACAGGACCACAACAGUCAUUUUUUAUCCAAAAGAUUCCACAACAGAACCAUUCACUGUGUUGCUAUAUAUUGGAACAUGUGAUAAUCCUAAUUAUCUUGGUCCUGCACCUCUGGAAGACAUUGCUGAACAAAUUUUUAAUGCAGCUGGUCCAAGUGGAAAAAAUACAGAAUAUCUUUUUGAACUUGCAAAUUCUGUUAGAAGCCUUGUGCCAGAAGAUGCAGAUGAGCAUCUUUUCUCUUUGGAAAAAUUAGUAAAGGAACGUUUAGAAGGAAAACAGAACUUCAAUUGCUUAAAAAGACCUAACUGACUUUUCCAAACAAGCAGAGCUUUUAGUCUUCAGAGAACAGCACAAUGGCAUCAUGAUCUGUAAAUGUGUUUACUUGAAAAUCUUAGUUGUGUUUAAUGUUGUAGUCAAGAUAUCAUCUAAAUUUAUAGUUUAAUUGCAAGUGGCCUGAAACACAUACAUAUUCAAGAUAUUGGGGUAUAGUUAAAGAAAAAAUUUGUUUCAAUAAUAUAAUAAUUUUCCAGCUAUGUGAUAUUAAAUACUUGCUCAUGAGAAGUGAGUUCUUUAGAAAAAUACAAUGAAGGACUCAGUUCAGAACUUGUUUUUAUCUCAA